GUUGAAAUCGAGGAAACAUUUUAAAGCAUUAAAUUCCAUCUAGAGAAAAAGUUGGAAAUAUGGCUGACGACGAGUCGGAUUCUUAUCAGCCAGAGGUUGAAGAGACAUACACAGAUAUCGAGACUGAAAAGGCGAUGCUGUUCAUAAAAGACAAUGAUCUGCCCAUGUCAGAACUGCUAUGUGCCCUCAAAUAUGUUCGCAUUGCAAGUCGCGAUAUCUCAAUGGAUGAAAAGUGCACCGAAAUCGAACAGCGUUUAAAAAUUUUGCGUUCUGAGGACAUUGUUGUUGUGACGCCCCCAUUGCCUGAUGAGACUUAAAUGAAAUGUAUGAAAUGUAUUCUGCUGCAAUUAACAGAUAAGAUUAAGCUAAAUAAAAACACCAUAUACCUAGAUGUACAUGUAUA